AUGAGUGAUUUCAAUCUUGAUGAUAUUAUAUCACAGCUUGAAAAGGCAAGACUCCUUCCCGAGCCAACUCUUGCAUCUCUGAUGCUUAAACUUGUCGAAGUUCUCUAUCAGGAAAGUAAUACGCUCGAAUUAACUUCUCCAAUUGUAGUUGUUGGAGACGUUCACGCACAGCUUUUUGAUGUAUUCGAAUUAUUCAAAAAGGCCGCUCCAAACGGAUUCGGAAAUACAAAAUUCCUUUUCCUUGGAGAUUAUGUUGACAGAGGCAGAUAUUCUAUCUGCACAUUUGCAUAUCUUGCGGCUCUCAAAUUAAAAUAUCCUACACAAUUUUUCUUAAUUCGCGGAAAUCAUGAAAUUAGACAAGCAAAUCAAUCUUACGGUUUAUAUAAAGAAACAUGCUCACUUUACGGACAUUCUGGAAUUUGGACAUUAUUUAAUCAAGUAUUUGAUGCCCUUCCAAUUGCUGCUUUAGUAGAUAAUCAAUACUUUUGCGUUCAUGGCGGUUUAUCACCACAUGUACCACUCAUAGAAGCUAUAUCUCUCUUAAACCGCUUCCAAGAAGUCCCGAACUCCGGUCCAUUCGCUGAUCUUGUUUGGAGUGAUCCAGAUGACGUAGAUCAGUGGUGCCAGAACCCUAGAGGAACAGGAUAUCUAUUCGGAAAAACACAAGUCGAGCAAUUCUUACAUAAUAAUGACAUUAAAAUGAUUGUUAGAACACAUCAACUCGCUCCUGAAGGAUACCAGUGGUGGUUUGACAAUAAAUUGAUCACAGUUUGGUCAGCACCAAAUUACAUGUACCGCUUUGGAAACAAAGCUUCCAUUUUCCAAAUUGAAAAUGGCAACCAUAAAAUAGAGUUAUUCGAGCCAUGUCCUGAUGACAAGAGACAGAUUCCGGAAAAUCUUCCUGAAGAUUUCUAUUUCUAA